AUGAACACAAAUAAUUAUUAUCAAACAUACCCCGCUUAUCAUUUUAACCCAAUAAUUCAAACAGAUUCAUAUGGGACUAAUAGAUUCCAUGUUGAACAAAACCUACAACAAAGAGAUCAAGUUUAUUAUAAUCAAUCAAGUUCCUCUCCAUCGUUACCCUCUCCCCCACAAAAUCACCCUCAAAACUAUAUUAUCAAUAAUCAAAUUAAUAGUAUCCCAUACCAACAAAGUGGUAUCAACAUUAAUAAUGGAUAUAAUAUCCCACAAUAUUAUAAUGGAAAUUACUAUUAUAAUGGCUAUCAAUUUAUAAAUGAAGAUAAUAAAUAUUUUAUUAAUAAUGGUCAAUUUAAUAGCAAUCAAAUAAACAAUGAAAAUAUUAAUAUUAAUAGUUUUAAUAAUAUAAACACUGAUAGUAAUAUUCAUACAAACAGUAACAACACCUCCAAUGAUAAUAGUAAUCAAACAAAUAAAUCCAAUAAACCAAACAGUGGUUUAAUAACUAUAAAUAAUAAUAAUAAUAAUAAUAAUAAUAAUAAUAAUAAUAAUAAUAAUAAUAAUAAUAAUAAUAAUAAUAAUAAUAAUAAUAAUAAUAAUAAUAAUAAUAAUAAUAAUAAUAAAAAUUGUAAUGAAAUAAAAAUAGAAAAUAAACCAAUUAAAAUAAUUGAUCUUUUAAACCAUUCAGAAAAAGAUUAUAGUUUUGAUGAAUUUAAUUUUGGAAAUGGUCCACAAGAAAUAAAAAAUUCUCAAAGUCCAAAGGUUGAAAAAACAAAAUUAAUUGCCCCAGACGAUGCUAUUAGAAAAAAAAGAAAAUAUAUAAAGAAAAAUUACAAAGAAAGUGAUGUCGUCAUUACAUAUCCAAACAAUCCACAUCAAAAUCCAAACCCACCCCCAACCAUAAAUUAUGGCUUCAGCAAUUAUAAUAUUAAUAGUGAUAUCAGUUAUAAUUUGAAUAAAUGUUUAAAUAGCAAUUUAAAUAACAAUUUAAAUAACACUAAUAACAAUACCAAUGGUUUUGUUUAUCAUAAUUAUGUUUCUAAUAACAAAACAAAUAACGCAAAUACUUUUCGUCAGAAAUUAUUAGAGAAAAUUAAAAAUAAAGAGGCUAAAGAUCAAACUAGUAAAGUAGAAUCAAUGCCAGAUCUAUAUGCAAGAGAAAAGUUAAACUAA